AGUUGAGCGAGCCGCCAUGAAUUUGGUGCCACAAUGAAUUUAAAACACACUGUUUCUUUAUUUCAACCGGAAUGAACACACUGUAUUGAUGUUAAAAUGAGGGCGACCCUUUUAAACGGACUACUGUUGCUCUUUGUCGCACUCGCACAAGGGGCUUCAUUCUAUGGUGAUGGAUUUGUGCAGUUAAAAGGGACAGAGAUGUCUAGCCGUAACACACUGCACGUUCGUUUCCGCACCUCCAGCCUGAGCGGCCUGCUUUUCCUGGCUGCAGGGCAGAAUGAUUUCCUGCUGCUGGAGAUGAAUGCUGGCAGACUGCAGGUAAGGUUGGAUCUGGGAUCUGGACAGCAGAUCCUUCUCUCAGACAGUGGAACCCAUCUGAAUGGAGGCCCAGAGCGAGAGCUGCACAUCAAUGACGGCCUAUAUGUUGGUGGUACGGGAGGUUUGGAUCAGGCCUAUCUGUCCAGAGAUCUCAAUGGCUUUCGUGGUUGCCUUGAUGAAGUAAUAUUUAAUCAGCACAACCUCCUUUCAUCGCUAAGGCCCUACUCAGGGUUCAAGAAUGUCUAUGAGGUUUCCCUAGGAUGCAGCCCUCAGUUUUUUGCCAAUGAGGAUGACCCAAUCAGUUUUUUCAGCUCACAAGCUUAUGUAUCCCUUCCUCCUUGGACGGCACAACAUGAAUGGACUUUUGAAUGCUCAAUCCACACAUCAGCUGAAGAAGGGAUCGUCAUGUUCAACUCAGCUCGACAGGGAGAUUUUGUUGCACUGGAGAUCCAGAAAGGUCUCCUUGCUGCAGUAAUCGGCAAAGACGGAAGUAAAACAGAGCUACGUUCCCUCACCUUCAUCAAUGACAACAAAUGGCACAACGUUAAGCUCCUUUUCACACUGAAAAACCUCCAACUCACAUUAGAUGGAGAGUCUGUAAAGUCAGUCAUUACCUCUAGAUCAAAAACCUUUCAUCUGAAAGGUUCCCUUUUCCUUGCGGGAAUAGAUGACAGCACACGUUCUGAGGUCAGAAAGGUUGGCCUUUCCUCAGUAGCAGGUAAACGUGUUAAAGGUGGCUCCUUUAAAGGAUGCUUCAGAGAUAUUAAAAUAAAUAAUGUCAAAAUGGGUCUCCCCAAUGCUGUGGUAACCAAAGACAUCUCUGUUGGCUGUGAACCUGAAAAGGAGCUGGAUAUAAGCAGCACAGUGAGUCCAACAACCCUUCCCAUUGCCUUCAUUGACUCUGUCACUCAGCUGCCAUCCACUGAUGUAUCCACCCUAGCCAAAGGCCUUGUCAAGAAGUACAGACACAAUUUUCUACAGCUUAGGAACCUUGUUGUCCCAGAAGGUGGUCGGGGAUCUUUGGAUUCAAAGCAUAUUAAAGUAAACCUUGAUUUCAAGAAGCUUGGCAUCCGUCAGUCUCAGAUCAUCUUUAGGAUUGCAGAGCAGCCAGUGCAUGGCCAGCUUAGGCUUGAUGUAGACCAGGAGCAGGCUAAACAUACAUUCAGCAUGCUGGAUUUGUGGCACGGCAGAGUGAUGUACAUCCAUGGGGGAUCUGAAGACCCUCAGGACUUCUUCAUAUUCUCUUUGUUCUCCAGUAGCAGAAAGGAAGUGCCAGGCUAUUUAAGUGGACACAAGUUGUAACGGUUUAAUGUCACGGUUACACCAACCAAUGACGCCCCUGAGUUGAGUCUGCCUGAGGGAAAUCUGUUUACUCUUUUGGAAAACUCCAAGAAGAGACUGACCACUAAUGUUCUAAAGGCCAUAGACAUUGACAGCAAUUACACAGACCUUGUUUACUCUGUGUUAGGGAACCUUAAUGCCGACGCAGGGUAUUUGGAGAACGAAGACAAUCCAGGUGCACUGGUAACUUCUUUUUCCCAUUCAGCUCUUGUAGCUGGUAAGAUAUAUUAUGUCCACACGGGUGUGAGGAACUCUAGGAUUGUGUUGAGAGUCAGUGAUGGAGAGAAGGUGAGCAACACUGUGGUUCUUAGAAUCAUGGCUGUAGGACUUAAGUAUAAAAUUUCCAAUAACACGGGACUGGAAGUUAUCCAAGGAGAGAUGUUUCUUUUAAGCACCAACCAACUGGCCAUCUGGACCAAUGCAUUAAAGCAGGUAGUUGAAAUCCGUUACGACGUAAUUGAGCCACCCAGAUUUGGUGAGCUCCAGAGGAUGCACUCAAGUGGCGAAUGGAAGAUUACCAACUCGUUUUCCCAAAGAGUUCUUGAAAAGGAACGUUUGAGGUACCUCAGCACCUACCAGUCCAUCCAAACAAGUAAUAGCACAGACCACUUCAAGUGUAAAGUAACCGUGGCCUCCAGAGCUACUGAAGAAUUUGUGUUUCCCAUAAAGGUAAAGUGGAUAGACUACACAAUAAAAAACAAUAAACCUGUAGAGUUGGAUAAAAUUACGAGAGCUGUAUUUGACUCAGAGCAUCUGUAUGCAAUAGCACACGGUGUAAAUUUGUCUGAGGAUGAGCUUCGUUUUAGAUUGUUGACUUUACCAAAAAAGGGAAUAAUUGAAGUGAAUAAUGCCAAGCUGGAUGUAAAUUCCACAUUUUGUCAAAAGGACAUCACAGAUCUGAAAGUCGAAUACCAACUAACGGAAAGAUCGUACGAGGACACGAGUGAUGAAUUUGAUUUCUACAUAUUCUCAAAGCAUGCACAUUCUGGUAGUCACAUUUUCAAAAUCAUUAUUAAAGCAGAUGUCAACAGCAUUUUCAUGACAAAGAGUGGGCUCUCACUUCUUGAAGGUGAGAAUAAACUCAUUACAAAGGAUGAAUUGUUUGCUGAAACUCUAAGCACUAAAGAAAUGUACUACACAGUCACAAAGACACCGCACCAUGGCAAGCUAAUGCGAAUCAACUUGUCCAACUCUACCAAAGACUUUGACAAUAUUAUGUCCUUUACCAAUCAAGACGUUCUUAAGGAGCGUAUUAUGUAUAUUCACGAUGACAGUGAAACGACUCUUGAUAGUUUUACCUUCAUAGCCUCCACAAGUCCAGUAACAAAGCUUUCUAUAACAGAUAAUGACAUUGGCUCCAAGGAGGGCAUCUUUAACAUCUCGAUAGAGCUGGUUAAUGAUGAGAAACCCAUCCGCAUUGUAGACAAAGUUUUUCAUGUUGUCAGAAAUGGACAAAGAUUACUUACACUUGAUGACCUGUGCCACCAUGAUGCAGAUUCAGACUUCAGUGACGGGCAGCUUGUCUACACCCGGCGUGGUAUCCCAAUAGGGGAUUUGGUUCUUGCAAAUGACACUUCACAAAAGCUGUACCAGUUUCGCCAAGAAGACUUGGAACAGAAACAAGUGCUGUUCAUUCACCGCGGGAUGAAUUCUGGGCGUUUUGUUCUUUUUGUGUCAGAUGGCAAACACUAUGUGUCCUCUCUGUUGGAUAUUAGCGCACAGGAUGCUUAUUUAAAAAUUGGCAACAACACAGGCCUGUUGGUUCAGAAAGGGCAAGCCAAAACACUUACUAAUGCUAACUUUAGCGUAGAGACAAACCUUGACAUCCGAAAAGACAAUGAAAUAUUAUUCACAAUCCAAGAUGCUCCAAAUCAUGGUGGGCUGUAUUUAAAAGGCAGCAAAAUUGAGUCAUUCACCCAGCAUGAUCUGAGAAAUGGUUACUUGUCUUAUCAUCACGACAACAGUAAGAAUCUAGCUGAUGUUUUUACACUCCUGGUGGAAGCAAAGGAUCUUCGACUUGAUGUUAAAAUCCAUGUGAAGGUGUACCUGGAAAGCCAUCAAAGGCCACCCAGUGUCAUUCAUAACAAAACCUUGCUGGUGGAGGAGGGAAAACCAGUCAAGAUUGAGAGCAAUAAACACAAGGUGACUCAUGAGGCUAGUUUACCCUCAGAAAUAACCUUCACUGUCAAAGUUGCCCCAUCUCAUGGAUAUUUACGCCAUUUUAUUGAGGUUAAAGAUCAGUACCAAGGAACACAAGAGGACCCAUUAGUGACCUUUUCCCAGCAGGAUGUUAAUGCUGGCAACAUUCAGUAUGUACAGGUGGCACCUGGCCAAGAGAGUGAUUCAUUCACUCUGGAGGCCAGCAAUGGGGUCGGAGAGGUCAAUGACAUCAUCGUGUCUGUGGAUAUCAUCCCACGCCUCAUACCCAUUGAGGUGUCCAAUAUCACUCUGAAGGAAGGGGCAUCUAAAGCUCUCACAGAGGACGUUAUAAGUGUAACAAACCCACAUUUCUCAGGCCUAAAUUUUGUGUACUAUAUCUCAGAGGGUCCUUUGCAUGGCCGCAUUGAGAAUUCACGUUUCAGAGGGAUUCCCACAACCUACUUUACAAGGAAGCAGGUGGAGCAAGAGUUUAUUUAUUAUGUCCAUGACAACACAGAGACCUUAGAGGACCACUUUACUGUCACAGCAAAUGACACAGACCUGCGGAAACACAGUGCACCAUGGACUGUGUAUGUCCAGAUCACAGCCGUCAAUGACGAGCCUCCAGCCAUUACAGCCAACAGGGUUGUCAGGGUGUGGGUGGACUCCAUCACAGAGAUCACCCCAGAGGAUCUGAAGGCAGAAGAUGAGGACACACUUCCUGAGCAGCUGGAGUACAUCAUUACCCAACCCAGCAAUGGUCACCUGGCUCUAAAGACUGCCCCCAACAGGCCUAUCAUGAACUUUACUCAAGCUCACAUUGACCAGCAGCAAAUGCUUUUUGUACAUAGUGGCCCCAUGGCAGGAGGCUUCAACUUCCAAGUAAAUGAUGGUGUGAACUUUGCUCCCAGGCAGAUAUUCAGUAUUACAGCUCGUGCCCUGGUUCUUAAUCUAGAGGAGGCUGGACCUCUUAAGGUGUUUCCAGGCUCCUUAUCUUUGAUUUCAAACAACAUUCUUCAGGCUGUAACCAAUGACGAUACCGGCAUCUCAAACAGAACCAUAUAUUUUACUGUGAUCAAUACCCCAAAAUUAGGAAAAUUGGUCAAUUUGAAGACUGACAAGACCACAACUGAUAUUUCAUCCUUCACACAACAAAUGGUGGAUGAGGGUGAAGUAGCAUAUCAGCAAAGUCAUGGGAUGUCUUUGGGAUGGUCAGUGCUAGACAAGUUCACAUUUACUGUGUCCUCUCCACCUGCCACGCUUGAAACCCAGAUGUUUGAAAUUGACAUUUCUUAUGAAAAUAUUGGACCUGAACAAAGUUCUGUGCUCCUCAAAAAUAAAGGUGCGGCGGCAACUGAAGGAGAUAAAGUGCUAAUUGACAAAUCAAUGCUGGAUGCAUCCAAUCUCAUAACGAAACAACCUGAAUCCAAGCGCAGCUCUUAUGAGGUUUGGUAUCAGGUCACAUCUCUUCCAAAGCAUGGUGUCAUCAUGGUUGGGCAACGAAAUCUUACAAAAGAAAAGCCCAAUUUCUCUCAGUUUGUCCUUAACAAGUAUGGAAUCACAUACCAUCACGACAACUCUGAGACCACCCAUGACCCUUUUGACUUUGAUGUGUAUCUGAACCUAAAGAGCAAACCACCAACCCGCCCCCUAGAUACCUCAGAGGUUGUGUCAGAAUCAUUCAACAUCACUAUAAUCCCCAUAAAUGAUCAACCGCCUGUUUUGAAGACCAAAGCUCCCAGCCUCAAAGUCGUUCAAGGAGACACCGUGGCUAUCGGGCCCAACAACUUAAGUGUGGUUGACCUAGACAACCCACCAAGUGAAAUCCAGUACACAGUGAUUAGCAAACCUAGCAAUGGUUUUCUAGCCAUUUCAGAGCGCAUGAACGAGUCGGUGGACUCCUUCUCCCAGGCUCAAAUCAAUAAUGGAGAGGUGUUCUUCAUCCACGAUGGCAGUCCUUCAUCUGGAGCAUUCUACUUCAGCGUCACUGAUGGCCAUCAUCGUCCGUUAUAUAAACUCUUCAAUCUGGAAGUGGUAGAGAUCACUGUUUCACUGGCUAACAACACAGAGGUGCUACUGGACCAGGGGCACACUUUUGUAACUCUCACACGGUCACACCUGGCCGCAGUGACCAAUGGUAAAAACACUACCGUGCACUAUAAAAUCACAGUACCGCCACAGUAUGGUAAACUCUUACUAGACAAUGAGGACAUCACUGUUUUCAAUCAAGAUGAUCUCCAGGAGGAAAAGCUAAGGUACCACAUGGUCAACCUUGAGUCGUUCCAUGAUAACUUUGAGUUUGUGGUCUUCACAACAGAAGCAAACCUAACUAACCAAGUAGUGAACAUCACUGUGAAACCCCUCAUUAAGUAUGCAGAAGGGGCAACAUUUCCUAACGGAGUUCGAAUUAAGCUGAAGUCACAUUUGCUGAAUGUGUCUGAACUUGCUUUGUUGAGUGAUAGUGACCCGUUGUUUGAAAUUACCUCACCUCCAGAGAACGGCAGGAUUGUCCGGGCGACUGGGAGCAAGGGAAAGAAAGCAGAAUCUGUGGGAUCUUUCACUUUUAGUGAACUGCAGCAGGAGAUAUUGGCCAUUGAGUUGAAGGCGAACCUGACAGGCGUCCAUGAAGUAAAUGACUCUUUCAGAUUUGUGCUUAAAGCCAAUAACGUCCAACCUGCCAAUGGGAUUUUUGCUUUCAGCAUUGUACCUCAUGUUCCUACUCUGGUGAUGUCAACGGUGAUCCCAAUAACCACGAUCAGACCUGUUUUUCAUAACCAAACCGCUGCAAUGAGCUUGUUUCCAUCUUCAACAGCUCCACCUGUGCAGCCAACGCACCGGGUGACCAAAUCCAGUUCAAGACUCAAAGGUCGCAACCGUUGGGGUAGUUCAAACAGCAUUGACACGGGUACUACUAACCUAAAACCAACCCAUGGGGUGGAGGAAAUGUAUCCCAUAAAUAAUACCCCAGUAAAAGUAGAGUCAGUUUCCCAGACAGGCUCCUCCUCAAACUCAAUGAUCAUCCUUUUGCCUCUUCUUGCUCUUCUGCUUCUGGUCAUCAUUGUGGUUGUGUUGGUGCUGCUCUUAAGACGGAACUGGAGGAAGAAACCGAAGCCUUUAAAGAGUAGUACAUCAGGUGCUUCUGCUCAUCCGGACAACCCAUCCCAUCAGGACCAGCCACAGUGGCCUGCAACCGUCCCCGUCGUGACGGUCACUCCUCUUACUCCAAGAAACGCGGGAAGUUUAACCAUAACCAGACUGCAAACCAGAACGUAUGGCACAUCUAUGUGUUCUUUUGGAGACCUGGAGCCUGAAGUUUCACAGCUUUGCAGGACCACCAAUCCCACCUUGCGAAACAAUCAGUACUGGGUAUGA